CGGGCGAUAGAGAAAAAGUGCAGCCGGCAGCGACGAGAGAGCCGACGCCAAGAGAAAAGUUUAGAAGUUUUAGUUUUCCUUUUUUUUCUUUUUUUUUUUUUUACGAUUGAAUACCAAAACAACGGAAAUCGCGACACAGGAAAAAAAUAUUUUUUUUAUUUUUACUUGUCCUUUCUUCCCCAUUUCCUCGCGCACACUCUCCCCUCCAUCUCCAUUAUUUUUACUUUAUUAAUUAAUUCCAUCCACCCGCACAGGGGACGAGGACGCGGACGAGGAAGCAAGUCUCGCCUUCGAAACCAGCUUCAAACAAAGUCUCCUCCUUUGUCCGUUUCUGGUUGAGAGGAUCGACAAGAGGAUCAGGGCUCCUCCCCCUCUCCGACCAUCUCCCAUCUUUCCUCUCCCUCCUCAAAUCUCUCUUUCCCCUUCGAUCCGUCUAUAUCUCACCCUUUUAGCCUUCUCCUUUCUUGGAAGUAUUGAGCUUUUUUCUUUUUUGAGGGGGUAAGUAUUGAGCGUUUUGGGAUGUGUUGAUGGUAAUCUCUUUGAGGCGGAGGAAGAGGAGGCGAUGGGCUCGUGCUUGUCGUGUGCCGCCAAGGUCAGCGGCUCCAACAGCAGCAACGCCUCCGCCGCCGGCGUGCAACAGGGCCAUCCGGCGGCGCAGAAUCGACCGGGUAAGCAGCAGGACGCGGCAGGGAAGGUGCCGUAUGGGAAAAGGACCGACUUUGGGUACGACAAGGAUUUCGAGAGCCGGUACGCGAUCGGGAAGUUCCUGGGGCACGGCCAGUUCGGGUACACCUUCGUCGCCACCGAUAAGGCCGGUGGGGAACGGGUGGCCGUCAAAAGGAUCGACAAGAGCAAGAUUAUGUGAGGGUGGUGAAUUGCUGGAUCGAAUAUUGGCCAAAAAGGAUAACCGUUACACUGAGAAAGAUGCUGCAAUAGUAGUGCGGCAGAUGCUUAAAGUUGCAGCUGAGUGUCACUUGCAUGGCUUGGUACAUCGAGACAUGAAGCCUGAGGUAGAGUUUGAAUGCAUGAAGCAGUUGUUAGAAAUUCUGAUCUAGGCAUAGUU